AUGGGAUCGUCUGUAUCGGUUGGGGUUCAACCCUCAACACCACUUUCCGGAGGAGUAGUUUCUCAACCUCAAAGUAGAAGAGCCUCGCAAUUCAAUCUAUCGAUUGGUUCAACACACAAGCUAAAGAAAUCUAAAUCAACAGAUCCUAAUGCAUCCAAACGAAAUUCAAUUGCUCCGCAAACGACGAUAGUUUCACCUGUGCUAGAAUUUACUGAACAAUCUUCGAGUUCUUCAUCAUCCGUAGAAGAUAUAGUUCAUAACACGAUGGAGAGUCGGACCUUAAAGUCUCCACCCCAACCACGAAUGAAAACUUUUCCUUCGGCUUUAUUGAGGAAUGAUCAUGCUAAGUCUUCACCUCGUGUUUUGAUACACGCUUCAACAUCAAAGGACGAUAUGCAAAUGACCGAUGCGGAGGAUGAGGACGACACGAACGGAAGAGCUGUCAUUUACCGAAAUCAGCAUGAGCCAGAGGAGGCUCAAGACAUCAUGCCACCCUGA